UAGUAUAUUUGAAAUAGAUGGAGAGGCAAAAAUGGUUAACGAAUAUUCAGUUUCGCCAACAUCUAUUUGGAAAUAUUGUAUGAGACUUUUGCGAUGGCUGAUGUAACGGAAGAAAAGCUUUCCAAGAAGGAGUUAAAGAUACGUUUAAAAGCAGAACAGAAAUUAAAUGAAAAAGCAGUAAAAGAAGCAGAAAGGGUUACAAAAGAAGUUGAAAAUGCACAAGCAAAGAAGAUUCCUGUUAAAACUCUAGAGAAAAAGGCUAUUAAAGAAGAAGAAAUCAAUCCAAAUGAAUAUUUUAAGCUGAGAACUCAAGCAAUUGAACAACUUAAAGCUGCAAAUGAACAUCCAUAUCCACAUAAGUUUAAUGUAUCAAUUUCAUUAGAAAAUUUUAUUGAAAAGUUUAGUUCUGUCGUAAAAGAUGGAGAAAUUCUUGAGAAAGAAAUUUAUAGCAUAGCUGGUCGUGUACAUGCAAUACGAGAGUCUGGAGCCAAACUUAUUUUUUAUGACCUUAGAGGAGAGGGUGUUAAAAUACAAGUAAUGGCAAAUGCAAGACAUUAUGAAGGAGAAGAUAAAUUUGCUAAGGACACAUUCAAAAUUAGGAGAGGCGACAUAAUCGGCGUAAUUGGAAAUCCUGGAAAAACCAAAAAAGGAGAAUUUUCUAUUAUGUCAAAAAGUAUUACUCUUCUUACACCUUGUUUGCAUAUGUUACCGCAUCUUCAUUUUGGAUUAAAAGAUAAGGAAACAAGAUACCGUCAACGUUAUUUAGACCUUAUUUUAAAUGACAGAGUGCGACUAAUAUUUUACAUUCGAGCGAAAAUAAUUGCAUAUGUGCGUAAAUUGGAUGAAUUAGGUUUCUUAGAAGUUGAGACUCCUAUGAUGAGUAUGAUAGCUGGAGGUGCUACAGCCAAACCUUUUGUUACUCAUCAUAAUGAAUUAAAUAUGGAUUUGUAUAUGAGAAUUGCUCCAGAACUUUAUCACAAGAUGUUAGUUGUUGGUGGUAUAGACAGAGUUUAUGAAAUUGGUAGACAGUUCCGAAAUGAAGGCAUUGACAUGACGCAUAAUCCUGAAUUUACGACAUGUGAAUUUUAUAUGGCUUAUGCUGACUAUUAUGAUCUCAUGUCUAUUACAGAAAAUAUGAUUUCUGGAAUGGUAAAAGCUAUUCACGGUAGUUAUAAAUUACUGUAUCAUCCGAAUGGACCUGAUGGUGAAGUAGUAGAAAUAGAUUUUACACCUCCAUUUAAACGGAUAUCCAUGAUGAAAACUUUAGAGGAAAUUUUGGAAGUAAAAUUACCUGAUGCUGAUAAGCUUGAUACAUUGGAAGCUAAUACAAUGCUUAAUGAUCUUUGUGUAAAACAUGAUAUUGAGUGUCCUCCACCAAGAACAACUGCCAGGUUAUUAGAUAAACUCGUUGGGGAAUUUAUAGAAAAAAGAUGCAUAAACCCUACUUACAUAUUAGAUCAUCCACAAGUAAUGUCUCCGUUAGCUAAAUGGCAUCGUUCAGAUGCAGGUCUUACAGAACGAUUUGAGUUAUUUAUUAUGAAGAAAGAAAUCUGUAAUGCAUAUACAGAAUUAAAUGAUCCCCUAGUGCAAAGAGAAAGAUUUGAACAACAAGCAAAAGAUAAAGCAGCAGGAGAUGAUGAAGCACAAAUGGUAGAUGAAAAUUUCUGUACUUCCUUAGAAUAUGGAUUACCCCCAACUGCAGGUUGGGGAAUGGGUAUAGAUCGACUAUGCAUGUUUUUGACGGAUUCAAAUAAUAUUAAGGAGGUAUUACUGUUUCCAGCCAUGAAACCAGAUGAACAAAACAUAAAAAAUAAAUCAAUGUUUGAAGAUCCGUCUAAUGACAACAUUAAAGAGUCUUGUGAAAAAUAAUGAAAAACUUUUAUCUUUUAUACUAAUCCACAGAAGAUUUAAUAAAAUAUUACAGUUAUUAUACAAACUAAAUAAAUUAAUGUCAUAAAGAAUAA